CAGGGCCGACACUACAAUUCCCAGCAGGCAGCGGAGCCGCAGACGGCGGCCGCGGAGGAGAGCGGGCAGAAGAAUUCUGCGCGCGCGGCGGCGAUGGAACGUUGAUAGAGUUCGCGGGUCUAGCUGCUGGGGGUAGGAGCCGCACGCAGUGCGCCGCCGCGCGCCAAAGCGGGAAUCCGGGAGGCGGGCACCUCUGCAAUUAAUGCACGCAUUUAAAACUCCCGAACCUGCGGACGCCAUGCACAGGAAACACCUCCAGGAGAUUCCCGACCAGAGUAGCAACGUUACCACCAGCUUCACGUGGGGAUGGGAUUGUAGCAAGACUUCUGAACUGCUUUCAGGCAUGGGGGUCUCCGCCCUGGAGAAGGAGGAGGUGGACAGUGAGAACAUCCCCCAGGAACUGCUUUCAAACCUGGGCCACCCGCAGAGCCCCCCACGAAAACGGCUGAAGAGCAAAGGGAAUGACAAGGACUUUGUGAUUGUCCGCAGACCUAAGCUAAAUCGAGAGAACUUUCCAGGUGUUUCAUGGGACUCCCUUCCAGACGAGCUGCUCUUAGGAAUCUUCUCCUGUCUGUGCCUCCCUGAACUUCUGAAAGUCUCCAGUGUUUGUAAGAGAUGGUAUCAUCUAGCGUUUGACGAGUCUCUCUGGCAGACCUUAGACCUCACGGGCAGAAACCUCCACCCAGAUGUGGUUGGUCGGCUGCUGUCUCGAGGGGUGGUUGCCUUCCGCUGCCCACGAUCGUUUAUGGACCAACCGUUUGUUGAACGUUUCAGCCCUUUUCGUGUACAGCACAUGGACCUGUCGAACUCGGUGAUCGAUGUGUCUACCCUCCACGGCCUUCUGUCUCAUUGCUCCAAGUUGCAGAAUCUCAGCCUAGAAGGCCUGCGGCUUUCGGAUCCCAUUGUCAAUAAUCUUGCUCAGAACACAAAUUUAGUGCGAUUAAACCUUUCUGGGUGUUCUGGAUUCUCUGAAUCUGCCCUGAAGACUUUGCUGAGCAGCUGUUGCAGAUUGGAUGAACUGAACCUCUCCUGGUGCUAUGAAUUCACUGAAAAGCAUGUGCAGGUGGCUGUCGCACACGUAUCAGAGACUGUCACCCAGCUGAAUCUCAGCGGGUACCGAAAGAAUCUGCAGAGAUCGGAUGUCUCUACUUUAGUUGGAAGAUGUCCCAGUCUUGUCCACCUAGACUUAAGCGAUAGUGUCAUGCUGAAAAGUGACUGCUUUCCGGAAUUUUUCCAGCUCAACUACCUCCAACACCUAUCACUCAGUCGGUGCUAUGACAUAAUACCUGAAACUUUACUUGAACUUGGAGAAAUUCCCACACUAAAAACACUACAAGUCUUUGGAAUCGUGCCAGACAGUACCCUUCAACUAUUAAAGGAAGCCCUUCCUCAUCUACAAAUUAAUUGUUCCCCUUUCACCACCAUCGCCAGGCCAACCACUGGCAACAAAAAGAACCAGGAGAUAUGGGGCAUCAGAUGCCGACUGACACUGCAGAAGCCCAGUUGUCUAUGAAGUAUCUAUUGCAGGAUGGUGUCUCCUCUUUUCUUUGAACAGGGAAAGUAGGCAGGAAGCCCAAUUGUGGAGAGCUCAGCUAUUUUUAUUCUUGGUUUUCUCUUGCCUUCAUUCUACAAGUAUAUUAGAGAACCGUUGGAGAGAGAAAACUAUGAAGUGUUGCUUUUGAAAAAUGACUAUGAAAGCUUUUAUCACUGCUAUAUCCUUAAGAGCCUAAGCUGUAUGCCUUUUGAAAUUUUAGGAGAGUGAGCCUAUAAUUUCAAGAUACCCUAAAGAGCAAAAUUUGAGCCACCUCUUCCAAGUGCCCUUCUUAUUAAAUCUAUUUAGAAUCAAGCUUAAAA